UAGUACGACACAGUGUCAGGGAGAGUGUGGACCUGCGGACUCAGAGCUGUCAUCUGCUAGAGCUUUAAACUCUGUGGAUUUUCUUCUGACACCUCCUGGAGGAGGAAUCAAUCCUGUCUGUGUCACCGAAAGGAAAACCUUUUUUUAAAUCUGUAGGAACUUUUUGUUUUCUCGCCUGAGUGGGACGGAGAGUAAAUCUCAGCUGAGACCCGGCGGUGCUGCGUACGCAUGGAGGCUGAUAGGUGGAGACUUUCUGUCUUGUUCUGAGGUCACAGAUCAGAUCGUCAUUCCCAACCGGUAUCAUCUUCUUCUGCAGGCCCAGAGGAGUGCUCCGACUCCACCGCCACAGUGCAUAAGACUUCCAUUCAAGGAGCCUGGAGCUGCAGGAAUAGAGAGAGAGAGAGAGAGAGAGGGAGAGAAAAUAAACACGGCUUUAAAAAGACGCUCUUCAUGAAUUCCCCAAAAACCUGAAAGGCAAAUACUGCAAGUUGGCUGGCGGUCCGGAGGAGGCAUGUGGACAAUGAGUAUGGCUUGGCUCUGUCUCCCAGCCUACACUGUCCUCCUUGUUGGUUGCUUUCAUACAGCUGUCACAGAGAGCGAUGUCACUCCACGCCUCACCUUCUCCUACAAUGCGAAGGAGAGGACAACCAGAAGUUUCUCAGUCGGUGUAGUCGUCAACUACACCACUCUCCUCCUCAGUAAAGAAGACAACACACUGUACGUUGGCGCUCGGGAGAUCCUCUUCGCUCUCAACCUCACUGAUAUCAGCGCAGUCAAGCUACAAAGAAAUCUCACGUGGAAAACUCCAUUGAAGAAGAGAGAUGAGUGCAGUUUCAAAGGCAAAGACCUGCAGACGGAUUGCUUCAACUACAUCAAGAUUUUACUACGUAUGAACAGCACUCAUCUGUACGUGUGUGGAACAUACGCCUUCAGCCCCACCUGCGCUUACAUAAACACUGCAGACUUCUCCCUUGCCAAGAGUGAAACCGGCGAGAUUGUUACAGAAGAUGGACGAAGCCGCUGCCCGUUUAACCCUGAAUACAAGUCCACUGCCAUCAUGGCUGAUGGAGAGCUGUAUGCUGGUACAGUCAGUAAUUUCCAAGGUAAUGAACCCAUCAUUUACAAGAGCCUAAGCCAAGGAACAGCUCUGAAAACGGAAAACUCACUCAACUGGCUUCAAGACCCGGCCUUUGUUGGCUCUGCCUACAUACAGGAGAGCCUGCCCAAGGGCAACCUAGUGGGCGACGACGAUAAGAUUUACUUCUUCUUCAGUGAAGCAGGGAAGGAGUUUGAUUUCUUUGACAACACCGUUGUGUCACGCAUUGCUCGCGUGUGUAAGGGCGACAUGGGAGGCGAGAGGGUUCUGCAGAAGAAAUGGACGACCUUCCUGAAGGCUCAACUUUUGUGUUCGCUGCCUGAUGACGGCUUCCCCUUCAACAUAAUCCAAGACAUGUUUGUGCUGACGCCCAGCCCCGAGGACUGGAAGAACACUGUGUUUUAUGGAGUCUUUACGUCUCAGUGGUAUAAAGGUGCUUCAGGAAGCUCUGCAGUGUGUUCCUUCACCAUGGACCAGGUGGAAAAGGCGUUCAGUGGGCGAUACCGUGAGGUCAACCGAGAGACUCAACAGUGGUACACGUACAAUCAUCCGGUCCCAGAGCCUCGGCCUGGAGUGUGUAUCACAAAUGCUGCCAGGGAACAGGGCAUCUCCUCCUCGCUGCACAUGCCGGACAAGGUGCUGAAUUUUGUCAAAGACCACUUCCUGAUGGACAGCGUGAUCCGCAGCCAGCCUCUCCUGUUAAAGCGUAAUGUUCGCUACACGCAGAUCGCUGUCCAUCGAGUCCUGGCAGCAAAAAAGGCGUAUAAUGUGCUCUUCAUUGGCACAGAUGAUGGGAGACUUCAUAAAGCCAUUAAUGUCAACAACAAGAUGCACAUCAUCGAGGAGAUGGCGCUCUUCCGUGAUUCCCAACCGGUGCAACACAUUGAGCUGGACACUGAAAAGGGUCAGCUUUAUGUUUCCUCUUUCUCUGAACUGGUGGAGGUCCCAGUAGCUAACUGCACUAAUUAUCAGAGUUGCGGGGAGUGCAUCCUCUCCAGGGAUCCUUACUGUGCCUGGAACGGGAGGCAGUGUGUGGAUGUCAGACAGGCUCCACCAAGCAAUGCCUGGCAGCAAGAUGUAGAUGAAGCAGACACAUCAGCUAUUUGCAACAAGACAGCGCCGAGCCCACGGUUGGCUAAACCUCCACCUACACGAAUGUCUUCAUGCCAGGUGAUCAUUAUCCCAGCCAACACGUUCAAAGUACUCCCUUGCAAGCUGCGCUCUAAUUUGGCUGAAAGGAGGUGGGAGUUCAGUGAGAGCGCGGGUCACUUCCAUUACCCCAGCCCAGAGGGGGGGCUGGUAGUGGUAGCUCAAGCGCACAGUCAGGAAACCUACGAGUGCUGGUCAGUGGAGGAAGGCUUCAGACAGCUGCUGGCAAACUACUGUGUGAGGGGCGAGGCCAAGCACGAGAGCACCACCCUGACUGGCCGCUCCCGUACGCCACAGGUCUCCCAGGAGGAGUUUAUCAUCUUACCAGGGGAGGCCCGCUCGCCGCAGAUCAACACCAAGACCUACUGGAACGAGCUGAUAGUGGUGUGUGCCCUGCUGGCGUUUUCCCUGGUGGUGUUCUCUCUGUUUGUGGUCUACAGGAACCGCGACCACAUGAAGUCCAUGCUCAAGGAGGGAGAGUGCCGCGACAUGCAGCAGAAGAAGCCCAGGAUAGUGGGGAAACCGGCUGAGAACUUGCCGCUGAAUGGCAACACAGUGACGGCGUCGGCGUCAGAUCACAAGGGCUACCAGACCCUUAACGACAACUACAUCUGCAGCACUCCACCGCACGAGUGCUCGUCGCCCGACAACAGCAAGAGCUUCUCAGAGUCGGAGAAGAGGCCUCUGAACUUGAAAGAGAGCCACGUAGAGAUUUCUCCCACAUGCCCACGGCCACGAGUCAGACUGGGUUCUGAGAUUAAAGACUCUAUAGUGUGAGGCCGGCUUCACGUUGCGUGGAGCGACUCAUUUUAAACUGAAAAGAAAAGAGUGCACUUGCUGAGAGACACAAAACCCUAUAAGAGGGGAAACUGAGGAUCAUCAGACUCUUCAUGGAGAGGCAUUUCAUUACACAGAUUUUGCACUUUUUUUUUUUUUGUUCUGUCCCUGUGGUCCGUUUUAUUUUCCUCUCACUCCCCCCUUAUUCAAGUGCAUUCGAAGCACGCUGAAGAAGUUCCAGUUUGCCUUCAGACUUUUGACGCUUUCACGUACGGCUCACAGGAAUGUAACAAGCGUAGAGGUGGUGUCACGACUUCAUAGCAUUUGCCACUCAGUCCGUCCAUAUUAAUCUACUGGUGAUGCUUUGAAAGUGAUAUUCAAACGUGUUCCCAUUAACGGCUUACAGUGUUGUUUUAGUUUCAUCUGGUCAGAAGAGCCUACCCUUCUCUGAGGCUAUGCACUAUGUACUGUACUGUAGCAAGGUAAACACUCAACCUAGAAUAUACACUAACAAUCCAGUGGCAGGCAAGAAAGAAAAGUCCUGUCAUAGAUUCUUUUUUAGAUAGCCAGUGUGCAUUCACAGAAGUAUACUCAUUGUUUAGGCUUGAAUAUAACACAGCAACAGAGAAAGAGUUGUGCUAAAAGACUGAAAAGGUUAAUUAAAAAAAACAACAUUAUUUAUAAAGUGAAAGAAAACGCUAACAAGGAAUCACUUCAGUGGAAAUGUAGAAACUCUUACCACCUCAAUCACUACACACCAAAACAUGAAUAUUAUAUAGACAUACUGUACAUGAGGACACAUUAUGCUUUUUUUUAAGUAUUGGUGGAUACAAAUAUUCCUCUGUGGAAGCCUGACUUUCAGCAGCGGUUUUUCUUUCACCACAUGUGAUAAAGGGAAAAAUGUCAUUCCAGGUAUUAUCAUGCUGUUCUUCAUGAGAUAGGCAGUCUAUGCAAAGCAAAUAAUGUGAAGCGAGGUAAACACCGAGAGAACCUCACCUCGAGACUGAGUAAGCACAAAGGUGUUGGCGCUGUUAAUUACUUUAGGAUCAGUGGCACUGCAAACACACGCACACACACAUGCACUCGCUCUCAUUACACUAACUCUAAGUAUGCAAGAGAUUUUAGCCAUUUUAGUGUGGAAGAUCGGCCAAAUGUUUCUUUUACGGAGAGACAUUUCAUUUCAUUCUUUAAUGUUACAGAUAUCUAUCACUCUUCUCAAAGGGGAAAUAAUAAUAAAUAUUUAAAUACACCUAUUCAUAAUCUGAUUUAAAUAACACACACCUGUAUAGCCUCAACUUUGAUAUACAUACUAACUGAUGAGUGUUAAUGAAUGGAAGAAAAAAUGCCCUCUGCUUGCUUAAGUGGUUUUAAAGGCAACCAUAAAGGCAAUAAUUUUCAUUCUCAUCCUGUUAUAAAACAUUAGAAUUGUGCAUUUUUAAUUAUCUCGAUCAGCCAUUUUUUUCAAAAAUGAUGAAUUAUAAACCAUAGGAUCCACCAAAUUUGUGAGACAGAUGUUGGAGUUGGAGUAACUUGAAAGCAUUUUUAUAUACAAUAUUAUUUAAGUCUUAUUUGGCUCUAGUAUUGUAAUGCGGCAAGCAAAAUUAAAAAAUUUCACAAAAAUGCAGGAAGGCAUACCGCUUGACUCAGAAUGCAUAGGAUUUGCACAUGAUGUUGAAAAGCCUUAGUAUAAUGCAGGUUAUGGAUUUGAUAACAAAUCUGACACGGAUAAUGCCUUCUGAAACAAUAAAUCAAGAGGAGGUGCCUCUUGGGAUGAUAAACUAACCAGGUAGUAGUGCUGUAGAGUCAAAUGCAACACUGUAAGUGUGACAGGACUGGCCACGCUCAGAAACAAGAGAGUUUACGUGUGAUUUAAUACUGUCAACGUUGUACAGUAUGUGCUCAUGAGGUGUUUUAUUUUAUUGUUUAUUGUCACGGUGGCUUCAACCUUAGUCAGGGACUAAAUUUUACUCUAAAACUGUAGCACAUGAAUAACCACUGGCUGAUACUGAAUUAUAGAUAAGCAUUAGUAUUACGUUACAUUUCUUGUAAAUGGCACUGCAAAAAGGACUGUGUGAAUUUCAAAGAUGUGGUCGGCUAUAAUCAAUCAUGCAGUAUGAAAGAUUCAUGCUUUGACUGUUAUUGAAAACAAACAAAUGGCAGCUUUUGGUGAAGUGGCUGUUAUCAGAACAAUAUUAAAUUGCAGAACAAAUAAAGUGGCAGUGAUUUUAGUAAAAUAUAUGCCGGCACUGAACACGCUUUUAUUUGAAUACAAGCCUAAACUAUUAACGCCACAGUGAAAGUAUCGUCGUCUGCUCUCUCUUAACGAACCACUAUUAGUCUGGCCUUCUAUUUGUGACCGUACAAGUCGCUCAGACUCUUGUCGACAUGUAAGUAAAAAAGAGUUUUUAUGUAAAAUUGUUUUUGUAAAUUCAGCUGCCAAUGUAAAAAUAUUGUGAAUUGUAUUUUUUUGUAUCAUACAUCACUACUGUUUUUUUUUUCUUUUUUGUAUUGUAUAUAAAAAGCACUUUAUUUUAAUUUUUCAAAUAAAGAUCAAAUGGAUACUUUU